GGACGCUUUAGUCUGCUGCACUAAGUCGUCACCGCGAGAGACACAUUUAAUGGACUCCUUUUACAUCCUAGGACCGAAGUAUUGAUGUCCUAAAGGAGAAUUUUUUUUUUUUUUUUUUUAAUGGAACCAGCAAGCAAGCGGCGGAAAGGCGCGGCAUGUGACCCCGACUCCUGGACGCCGUACCCAGUCCUUUCGGAUGAGCAGAUGCAUGCCGUAGAGCUGGUUGACGUCUUUGCCGCCCCUGUCCUCGACAAGCGAGCAACAUCCCGACUGAUCGGAGAGCUCAACAACCGCUACCCCUUGACAGGCCUGCAGCACGUCAAGAGGGUUCGUUCCACCAAGGCAGAGGAGGGCCGCCCUCACUCCCUGGAGAUCCUCCUGUGUCCCGUCAGUAAAGUUCCAAACUCGGACUUGGGCUCGUUGAGUAUUGGAUGUGAUGGGUUGGGCAAACCCUUUGUUGUCAAAAUACCCGUGCGCCCCGCUUUAACCAGACCCCAAUUUGAGCUGGCAAGCAAGCACUGGCCCACCUCCUUCCACGAAGACAAGCAGGUGACCGACGCCCUCCGAGGAGAGUCCUUCAGCCCGGCUCAGAAAGCCCAGAUGCACACAUACAUGUCGGUGGCUUUGUCUGCCGCCCAAGAAGGGAAGGCCUUGAGGUUGGAGGCCGUGGGGGCUGUAGUGGUGGACCCGAUCUCUGAGAGAAUCGUGGCAGUGGGCCACGAUUGCCGAGGGCGACACCCACUAUAUCAUGCUGUCAUGGUGUGCAUUGACUUGGUGGCCCAAGGGCAAGGCGGCGGCCACUACAGGUUGGACACGUACCCUGCUUGCCGCUCGAUUCCGACAUCCGUCUCUGAAUUGGCGCAGAAGCCGUACAUCUGCACUGGGUACGACCUGUACGUGACCAGAGAGCCGUGCGUCAUGUGCGCCAUGGCGCUGGUCCACUCGCGGAUCGGUCGCGUGUUCUACGGCUCGACUUUUGCUGACGGAGCCCUGGGGACUAAGUAUAAAAUCCAUACGCUGAGAAACCUGAACCAUCACUUUGAGGUUUACAAGGGAGUCAUGAGACGACAGUGCGACGAGCUCAACGGUGUGCCUCCUUGAAGAGUAUCUCUUACUACUUUUAUAUUAAAAUUUUAAUAAAUCUCUGUUUAAAACAUUCAUUGCAGAUGUGUUAUUCAUGUGGAGGUUGAAAAUACUGGUUCAUCUUGUGAUUUCAACAUACGCGGAGGCGGCUCUGUUUUAGCAAAGCAGCCCCAAAGGACAACCAAACUUUCUGACACCGGAUUGGUCUGGAGAUUUCAUUGUAACUUGUAUGGAAAUAUUUCUGAGUCAAUUUGAAUUCGAAUUUCUAACGCUGAACUUUAUUCUAAAUGCUGAAGGUGAAAAUACCCCCCCCCCAACAAAAAAAAA